AUGGGUUCAUUGGCGGCACCAGAGAAGCCUCACGCAGUGUGCAUUCCAUACCCAGCACAAGGCCAUAUCAACCCAAUGCUCAAACUUGCAAAGCUUCUCCACUUUCGUGGUUUCCAUAUCACCUUCGUUAACACCGAGUUCAACCACAAACGCCUCCUCAAAUCGCGAGGUCCAGAUUCCCUCAAUGGCCUCCCUUCCUUCCGUUUCGAAACCAUCCCUGAUGGCCUUCCCGACUCCGACGUCGACGCCACGCAGGACAUACCUGCCCUCUGCGAGUCCACCAGCAGAACCUGCUUGCCUCCCUUCAGAGACCUCCUUCACAAACUCAACAGCUCCCCGGACGUCCCUCCCAUUACCUGCGUGGUUUCUGACGGUGUCAUGAGCUUCACGCUUGAUGCCGCUCGUGAACUCGGCAUUCCAGAGGUUCUUUUCUGGACUACUAGUGCCUGCGGGUUUCUCUGUUAUGUUCAUUAUAGCCACCUCAUCGAGAAGGGCUUGACACCGCUCAAAGACUCCAGCUAUCUAACAAAUGGUUACUUGGACACUGUGAUAGAUUGGAUACCAGGAAUCAAGGAAAUCCGUCUGAGAGACAUCCCAAGCUUCGUCAGAACCACAAACCCAGAGGAAUUUAUUCUGGAUUUUAUAACAGUAGAGUGCGAGAGAGCUCAGAGAGCAUCGGCCAUCAUUUUGAAUACGUUCGACGCUCUGGAGCAUGACGUCUUGGAAGGAUUAUCCUCCAUUUUGCCUCCUGUCUACUCCAUCGGUCCCUUAAAUCUACUCAUAAACGAUGUCACCGACAAAGACUUGAAGUCAAUCGGCUCGAACCUCUGGAAGGAAGAGCCAGAGUGUCUGGAAUGGCUGGACACCAAAGAACCCAACUCCGUGGUGUACGUGAACUUCGGGAGCAUCACAGUGAUGACAAAUGAGCAAUUGAUAGAGUUUGCAUGGGGACUUGCCAACAGCAACCAAACCUUCUUGUGGGUUAUCAGACGCGACCUUGUCGGAGGUGACAACGCAGUUCUUCCUGCAGAAUUCGUACAAGAGACUAGACACCGAGGACUACUUUCAAGCUGGUGCCCACAAGAGCAAGUUCUAGCUCACCCUUCAAUCGGAGGGUUCUUGACGCACAGUGGAUGGAAUUCGACGGUGGAAAGCAUGUGCGGGGGAGUGGCGAUGGUAUGUUGGCCGUUCUUCGCUGAGCAGCAAACCAAUUGUCGAUUCUCGUGCAAGGAAUGGGGAAUUGGGUUGGAGGUAGACAGCGACGUGAAGAGGGAAGGCGUGGAGAGGCUUGUGAGGGAAUUGAUGGAGGGGGAAAAGGGGAGGGAGAUGAAGGAGAAGGCGACGGAAUGGAAGAAAUUAGCGAAGGAAGCUUGUUCUGGCCCAGCUGGAUCUUCGGUCCGGAAUUUGGACGCCAUGGUUCAACAAGUUCUUCUGGCCGAGACUAAGUGCUAGUUGGAUAUUACCGUGUCCCUUUGUGUUUGUUUCGCUUGUACGUUCCUCAUACGGUCAUACGCCUGUCGGUUUGACUUUCUGCAUUCCUUCCAUUUCUCACAAUGUGAUUUUUUUAUUUGAAAAAAUUGAAUUUAUCUUGUUAAAUAAGCUAACUCCCGAUGUAUGGCAGAAAGGUGGGACGAUCUUUCUUUCUUG